UCGGCGUAAAUACGCAAUCAAAUCGCACAAUUAAGCCAUUCCGGACACGAAGCUCCACUAUUCAUAUUUUAGACCGUUAUAAUAAGAACCCAAAUCGUUGGCUUCAUUUGAAUCUCCUCCUACUUUAUAAACCCUUGGGGGUCUCAGAACUCUCCGUCACCGUGAACUACACGUGGCGCUCAUGGGCUGCGGCAACUCGAAGCUCGACGACCUCCCGGCGGUGACGCUAUGCCGUGACCGCUGCAAUUUCCUCGAGGAGGCGCUCCGCCAAAGCCACUCCCUCGCCGACGCUCACGUGGCCUACAUGCAGUCGCUCAGGUCGCUGGGCCCCACUCUCCACCGUUUCUUUACCCAGAUCACUGACCACGAUUCUGCUUCUGAUCAACCCCAACCUUCGCAACCUUCUCCGCCACACGAUCACUCCCGUUCCGUUUCACAUUCAAAUUCAAAUUCAAAUUCAAAUUCUGAUUCGGAACCAGAGGGCACAGAGAAAGAAAUCGAUUACUUCGGUCGAAUCCACCGCAACUACCAAAUCAUAGCACCUUCGCCACCGCCUCCGAGCAACUCGGCCUGGGAUUUCUUGAAUUUCUUCGACACUUACGAGCGGUACGAACCGCUAUUCGACAACAGAGAGGAAGUCCCUGACUUCGAGCCCGACGUGGUGAAGAAGAAAUCCAAGGGACGCCAAAAACCCAAAGAUGCGGCGAAGAACGUCGUCGUUCGGGAGAAAGAUCGGUCCGAGACCCCGAUUUGCACGCGAGGUGUCUCCGAAGCAAUGAGAGAAAUUCAGGCUCUGUUCGAUAAAGCUUCGGAAUCUGGCAAUGAUGUUUUGAAGUUGAUCGAGGUCCGAAUAUUACGCUCUCAUCAGAAAAUUGCCGUUAAUCAAGUUUCUUGCAAGGUUUUUCAUGCUAUUGCUCCGUCUUUGCCACGAAGAGAUGUGGAGAAACCGUCACCGUUGGUUAUGAAGAUCAGUCCUGAUAACGAAGAUAUGGGCUUGAGUUCUGGGAAUAUCUCUUCUAUUUUGGAAAAGCUGUGCAUGUGGGAGAAGAAGCUCUAUGAUGAAGUCAAGGCUGAGGAAAAAUUGCGUACAAUUCAUGAGAAGAAGUGCAAGCAGCUGAAACAUAUGGAUGAAAAAAGGGCUGAUGCUUAUAAAAUCGACUCCACUCGAUCAUUAAUCUGGAGUUUAUCGACUAAAAUGAAAAUUUCAAUUCAGGUUAUUGACAGGAUUUCAAUUACAAUAAACAAGUUGAGGGAUGAAGAGUUUUUGCAGCAGAUCAAUAAAUUAAUUCUGGGGUUAGUUGGAAUGUGGAAAGCCAUGCUAGAGUGUCACAGGUGUCAGUGCCAAGCAUUUGGAGAAGGCAAAGGUUUAGAUGGCAUUACAUCCAAUGGGAAGUUUAGUUAUGCUCAUCUUGAAGCAGCCAUUGAACUCAAGUUUGAGCUUCAAAACUGGAGCCUCAGAUUCUUCAAUUGGAUUUUCACCCAAAAGGCACAAGUCAAAGCCUUAAAUGGUUGGCUUUUGAGAUGUCUGCUAUACGAACCUGAAGAAACACUCGACGGCAUAGAGCCCUUCUCCCCUGGUAGGAUUGGUGCACCCACUGUGUUUGUAAUCUGUAACCGGUGGUCACAAGCAAUGGAUAGAGUCUCAGAGAAGGAAGUGAUUGAAGCUAUGCAGGGAUUUUUUGUGAGCUUAAAUCAACUCUUGGAACCACAUAUUGUAGAUUUGCACCAAAGGGCAGCUGGAGACAAGGAUAUGGAGAGAAAAAUUAAAGUCUUGGAGAUGGAGGAGCAAAGGAUACAAAAGAUGGUGCAGGCUCAAGAGAAAAAAAUGGGUCCAGUCCUGCCUCGGAGUGAGACUCCCAAUACAAAUAGUCUGAUGUCAGGCCUAAAACAAAUUUUUGCGGCCAUGGAUAGGUUCACAGCUAAUUCUGUGCAAGCUUAUGAGGAGCUUUGUGUACACAUUGAAGAAGACAGGCAAGUUUGAGAGCGCAGUUUAGGUUCAUAAAUUGUUACAGAAAAGGUAAUUUUUUGGUAAUUUUUUUUUUCUUUCUUUCUUAUGCUUAUCUAUUGGUAAUCAUGAUUUUCCAGCUUGAUUAUCUCUAGAGAAAAUCUGUGGUACAUUUUGGCUUGCUUCUCUGUACAAUGUUGUUAGUUGAUUGGUGGUGAAACUUUCUUGUGCUGAAGUCAAUGAGGCUGAUUCUAUUGCCUAUUAAUCUCUUUAAUUUAAGGGUGUGAAUAUUGACCUCCAAUCCCUAUCUUUC